UCUGCCUGUCUCCCGCUCCAGACAAGGAGCCGCGGCCCGGAGGUUUCAUUUGUCCCACUGCCUCCGGGGGGAUCUCCUCCCCCCCCACCAUUGCCGCGGGUCUCUCGUGAAACUCGCAGACGCACUUGCAAAUAUUAACCCACGAGAAAGGAGAGGCAACGAGACACAAAAGCACCUGCCCCUCCCCGCGCCGCCACCUCCUCCCUGCCUCUGAGCCCAGUGCCCGGGGGGCGAGGAGAGCCCAACCCACCGAGCGCGGCUCAGCGCUCCCGCGGGAGGCGGAGAGACACCCAGUCGGGACGCGUCCGUGGCCCUCACAUCCCCGUUCGCUUUGCCACUUCCCUGCGGGGGACUCGUCUGCUCCGGAGCCCUGCGGACGCGCUGCCCUUGCCGGCCGGUGCCGCGGGGAUCCGGGGCUGGCGAGAGGCGCAACCCCGUCGGCGUUCGCAGAGGACCAGGUGUGGCCGGGAGGGUGUCGUUUUCCCUGCCGUGCUCCUUCCUCCUCGCCCGCCCGCCCGCUGCCGCGCUGACCAUGGCCGGAUGUUGCUUAUCCGCGGAGGAGAAAGAGUCGCAGCGGAUCAGCGCGGAAAUUGAGCGGCAGCUGCGCCGGGAUAAGCGGGACGCGCGCAGGGAGCUCAAGCUGCUGCUGCUGGGCACCGGAGAAAGUGGAAAAAGCACCUUUAUUAAACAGAUGAGGAUUAUUCACGGGUCAGGUUACACAGAUGAAGAUAGGAAAAGCUUCACAAAACUGGUUUAUCAAAACAUAUUUACUGCCAUACAAGCAAUGAUCAGAGCUAUGGAUACUCUAAAAAUACAGUACACAUCUGAGCAAAACAAGGAAAAUUCUCAGCUGAUCAGAGAAGUGGAGGUGGACAGAAUAACAGCGCUAGAAAGAAAACAAGUGGAAGCAAUCAAGAAGCUCUGGGCAGAUCCAGGAAUUCAAGAGUGCUAUGAUAGACGGAGAGAAUACCAGCUCUCAGACUCUGCUAAAUAUUACCUUACUGACAUUGAUCGUAUUGCCUUGCCCUCAUUUGUGCCAACUCAGCAAGAUAUUCUCAGAGUCAGAGUGCCAACUACGGGAAUUAUUGAGUAUCCUUUUGAUUUAGAAAACAUUAUCUUUAGAAUGGUGGAUGUAGGUGGCCAGAGGUCUGAAAGAAGGAAAUGGAUUCACUGUUUUGAAAGUGUUACCUCCAUCAUUUUCUUAGUUGCACUAAGUGAAUAUGACCAGGUCCUGGCUGAAUGUGACAAUGAGAAUCGAAUGGAAGAAAGCAAGGCCUUAUUUAAAACUAUCAUCACAUACCCAUGGUUUCUGAACUCUUCAGUCAUUCUGUUCUUAAACAAAAAAGAUCUUCUAGAAGAGAAAAUCAUGUACUCCCAUCUAAUCAGCUAUUUCCCAGAAUACACAGGACCUAAACAAGAUGUUAAAGCUGCCAGAGAAUUCAUUUUGAAGCUGUACCAGGACCAGAAUCCAGACAAAGAGAAAGUAAUCUAUUCCCACUUCACUUGUGCCACAGACACAGAGAAUAUCCGCUUUGUCUUUGCUGCUGUCAAAGACACUAUCCUUCAGCUAAACCUGAGGGAGUUCAACCUGGUGUAAAGGAGAAACAUUGCUUGGAUCCACCUACCAUCAUCUACCCACCCAGCACAGACUAAUAAAACAUUGCUAGUGUGUACUAAAAAAUUCCACAAAAGACAGAAUGACACAGAUACAAAUAGAGUUGUUCUUUGAAACAAUUUACUUACAGAAACAGAGGUUGUUCCUGUACAUUUGCUGAUCUUGAAAUAUUUACUGAAGAGAAGUGGAUUAAUAGAAUUUAAAGGAAGAACUUACAAUGUUUACAAUUUUUUAAACUAUACAUUUUAAAUAUUGUUUUUAUAUUUCCUUAAUUUUGGCUGUGAGAUUUUUUUGUGACAACUGUGGUUCAAAGGGUAUUUAAGAACAAAUAUUUUAUAGAACUAUAUAUAAAUCCAUUGCCAUUCAUCUGUUAUUUUCUUAGGGUUUUUUAUUGCAUUUCAUAAUCAUGAAAAUUAUAGUAGGAAAUUUUAACCUAAGUUGCCUUAGAAAUGAUAAAGUGAUGCUAUUUUAGAAUGCUAGAUACUGUAAGAUUUAUCAUUAAGUUAGAAUGAGCUAUUAGCAUUUUAAUGAAUUUGGGGCCAUAUAUUAAAUUUAAUCAUUUAGAUUUUUAUGUUGGAAGUGUCUUUCGUAGGCUGAUAUGCCAAAAGUCUUAACAUGUCUUUGAUGUCAUUUGGCAAUAAUACACAAGAGCCAAGUGUAUAGUUAUAAAGCACAUAGAAGUGACAGCUAUUAAAAUGACAGUGAAUUGCAAGUGCUGGGUAGGUGUUAUACUAACAAACCUUAGUGGCUAGAAAGGGCAUUCAAUAGCUGAGGUUUCUAGGCCCUAGGUGGUUCCUCCAAAAGCCCUCUGCCAUAGAAAGAAUAAGACUGCCAUCCUUGAGGA